AUGAUGGGACCAGUGUGGCUGUGGCUGCUGGUAGCUGAGGUCCUGCUCCCUGUUCAUUGUCAACCAUUUUCUGCCCAUGAAGAGAAGAGUCUGGGGGUACCUCAACAAGCCAGCCACCAGCUCCCGGAGCCAGCACCCGCCUAUCGCAAGGUCACACCCACCAUCACUAAUUUUGCUUUGCAUCUAUACAAGCAGCUAGCAAAGGAAGUCCCCGGAAACAUUCUCUUCUCCCCUGUGAGCCUCUCUAGCAUUGUGGCUCUUCUCUCUCUUGGGGCACCUGCUGACACCCAGGCUCAGAUUCUGGAGAGCCUGGGCUUCAACCUUACAGAGACGCCAGCAGCUGACAUCCACCAGGGCUUCCAGAGCCUCCUGCACACCCUUGACCUGCCCAGCCCCAAACUGGAACUGAAAGUAGGACAUUCCCUGUUCUUAGACAGGCAGCUGAAGCCUCAGCAGCGCUUUCUGGACAGUGCCAAGGAGCUGUAUGGAGCGCUGGCUUUUUCGGCCAACUUCACGGAUGCAGCUGCCACAGGGCAGCAGAUCAACGACCUGGUUAGGAAGCAGACCUACGGGCAGGUGGUGGGCUGUCUCCCCGAGUUUGGCCAUGAUACCCUCAUGGUUCUCUUGAACUACAUCUUCUUCAAAGCCAAGUGGAAGCAUCCCUUUGAUCGCUACCAGACCCGGAAGCAGGAGAGCUUCUACCUGGACCAGAGGACAGCGCUCCGCAUCCCCAUGAUGCGGCAGAAGGAAAUGCACAGGUUCCUGUACGACCAGGAGGCAUCGUGCACUGUCCUUCAGAUCAAGUACAGCGGCACGGCCCUGCUGCUGCUGGUCCUCCCUGACCCGGGGAAGAUGCAGCAGGUAGAAGCUGCCCUCCAGCCUGAGACGCUGAGAAGGUGGGGCCAGCGGUUCCUGCCCAGUCUGUUGGAUUUGCAUCUGCCAAGGUUUUCAAUUUCGGCAACCUACAACCUGGAAGAGAUCCUUCCCCUCAUUGGUCUUGGCAACAUGUUUGGCAUGGAAGUUGACCUAUCAGGAAUCAUGGGGCAACUCAACAAAACUGUCUCCAGGGUGUCACACAAGGCUGUAGUGGACAUGAAUGAGAAGGGAACUGAGGCUGCAGCUGCCUCUGGCCUCCUUUCCCAGCCACUGUCCCUGAACAUGACGUCGGCCCCACAGGCCCAUUUCAACAGGCCCUUCCUGCUCCUUCUCUGGGAGGUGACCACCCAGAGUCUGCUCUUCCUGGGAAAAGUGGUCAAUCCAGUUGCUGUGUAA